AAAGUGGCAAUUCUUUGGUAACCCAAUUCUUUGGCGGCACAGAUGGCGAUUGACUAGGCCUAUAGGCCUAGUAGUAGGGAAAUACCAUUUGCUGCUGUAAUUUAAUUUUAAAAUCAAUUAAGUUACUAUUUUCUGAUGAACAUCAAAUAGCCUAUUAUUUUCAGUCAGUUGAGACCAACAGUGAUAACUAUAUAGGUCAACUAUUCCAGAUAUAUGUGAAAAAUAUGUCUCAUUUUGAUGAGAAGAGUGGAAUUGUACCAUGCGAGACAGAAUGGGGAAUGUGGUACCAAACUAUAGAGGAGGUGAUGGUUGAAAUAAAUGUUGAGCCUGGUACCAAACCCAAGGAGAUUACUGUGAUUUUUAAACCAAAUCAUUUAACAUGUGUUGUAAGAGGAAACAAUAUUAUUAAGGGAGACCUAUUUGCUACAGUGCAUGCCGAUGAGUGUCUUUGGGAUCUUGAAGACAGAAAACUGUUGAGAUUAACAUUAACCAAAGGUAAUCCAACAGCAGAAAACUGUUGGCAGUCAUUACUCAAAGAGCAGUAUGCUGCUGAUCCAAUGAAAUUUGACCAGAUGGAAAAGAAGCUAACUCUAGAGAGGUUUCAAAAUGAGUUCGUUGAUGCAUUUUGAGCGACUACAGUGCAUUCCUUGUAUUGCAAGUAACAAUUUGCCCGCGAAAUUAUUGAAAGUAAUACCUGACCUAUGAGGAAACAGUUACUGGUUUGAUUUGAUCAACUAUAAGCUGAAUUGACUUGCACCAGAAUUUAUGGUUACAGUAAACUAAAUCAGAAAAACUGUUGACUUCAUCAGUAUUAGUAUGGUACCUAAUCCAUCUGACAUGCUGAGCUGGUACUCUUACCAUCCAAGUCCUUUUUCUCUAUUAAAACAUUUUUAAUGUCUUUAUUCAUGGAUGCAUCACCCAGCAAUUAAUAUUCAGUUUCGUUUGUACAAAAUGUAUACUUCCGGUUAUGUUGUUAAUAUCAUAGAAUCUUUACCAGUUGUAUAUAUUUUACAAUCUAUUUGCAAUUGACAUGGGCCUAAAAAAACACUGUGUUAUGCAAACUCUAGAAUGGAAUGUAUUACAAUAUUUAUAAUAGCAUGCUCUGUGAAGCAUAGUUCGGUAAUUAUUGAAUAUUCCAGUUUCAUACAAAAUGUAUACUUCCGAUUAUGUUGUUAAAUAUAGAAUCUUUACCAGUUGUUAUAUUGUAUAAUCCAUUUGCAUUUGAAAUGAGCCUAAGAAAGACGUUAUUCACAAUAACAAAAUAAUAAUAAUAAUAAUAAUAAUUUGAAAUAUGGCAAAAAAAAAAUGGCACUCUCAGAAUUUUUUUUUUUUUUAUAACCUUAAAAAUUUAGUGAGGAAUUGAAAUGUACAGUAUUACCAUAUUGAUAAAACAUGUAAAUGCGCGAGGGGGGGGGGGGGUCCCUAUUCAAACUCGUUAAAUGAGCUUAACACAUUUAAUUUCAUGCAAAUAUUAUGAACUUGCUAGAGAUUCUUACCUGCAUGUGGGAGUACAGUACGGGAGGCCGUCCCAAUUUCCAGGAAGACUAAAACUAAUGAUAUUCGUAAUCAAGAGAUUAAAUGAUUUCAUAAGUCUAAUGUAGUGAUUUAUAUGUACUGUAUAAGACUUCAGUGCAUCUGUAUAAAUAUAGUUCUAAUCUUCAACUUCGUCUUCGACAUCACCGCCCACCAUUGGUUGAUGGCAAGAAGUCUGUACAAUUAAUUGUAUGUUGAAUAUAUCCAGUGAGAGACCAGGUGGUGCAGUCAGCCGUUACUUACAAUAAUACCGUAUAAAAUAAAAUGUUAAACCUGUUUGGCCAGUGCAUUUCUGUGUAUGCCACUACAUAUUUUUUAGACAAAACUAUUCUUAAUUUAAAAUUCAAACAUUCAAGUUAGCAACAAGUGCUUUAUCUGGUACAGUUGUGCAGGUUGCUUUUUAAUUUAUUUUACCAUUUUAUAUUCAUUUAUCGAUGUGCAAAAAGUCCAACAAAUUAACUUGUACCAAACAUGACAAGAACUCUGAAGAGAUGCUUUUUAUAAGUAAAUGAUAGUGAUAAACACCCAGACUUUGUAUGCACAGCAGAGUCAACUUGGAAUUCACCAAUAACUACAGUAUAUUAGUUGAUGGAAGUUUUUCCAACUGUUAGCAUGACCCAAUAAGUAUAUAUUCAUUUUUUCAUUAUUUCAAGAAAAUUUGAUAUUUUUUUCUAAUCUUAUGAUCCUGCACACAUGUAUAGUGAAAUGUUAUUUUGAAAUCUAUAGUGUGAGUUUUAAUGAUGCUACACCCAAAAAAAAGUGAAUUUUUUUUUUCAACAAAGCAUAAUAUAAUAAUACAAAUUAACAAAUGUUUAAUAUUUUUUUUAUUGUUCAAUAAUUGUAAUACUGAAAUUUUUUUUAUUACUGUUGUUACAGUAUUAUUUUGAUUUUCAUCACCUUUUGCUUUGUUAAGGGUAACUCAUAAUUUCUUUUAAAUACUUUAGUACUUAUAUUUUAUGAUAGCUACCAUUUGAGUUAAUUUUCUUACUAGUCGUAUAGUUGUACAAUUUAGUAACAUUGAGACUGAUUUUCUCAAGACCAGAUUUCCAUACAUCUUAACUUACAAUGCUUGCAUUUCUGGAUCUACUUAUCCUUAGAACGACCAAAUUAAAGCUUAUAAUGUAAAGUUAAAA